CUGAGCCGCAAAAAGACAAAAAGGGUUCUACGCCUAGCGGAUGCCAUCGUAGACGACUCUGUGCCCAUUGUACAACACUUUUUUGCAUUCGACCGAUAGCUGAAGGCUUGCUAGUUAUUGCCUAUUAACAGUAACAAACUGAUAGGUACAGAUAAUAUUAUGAAAGCGGUAAUCGCUGUAUGCGUGGUCAUCUUCCUGGGGACUGUCAUGGUCAUUCAGACGGAGUGUAUGUUGCUCUGUCCUAAUACGGAGUGCCGCCCUGAAGGGGCCGGUCGGGUGUGUGGAACGGACGGGAACACCUACGCGCACGAUUGUAUGGCGAAUUGUCAUGGUAUUUAUAUUCAGUCAGUGGGUGCGUCCUCGCAUCGGUCAGAUAAGCCCGACGCAAAGCCGGAAAGCAGCGCCUUCUUAUUGCUGACGUUGUUGACCCUGACUGUCUUCUUCUGCUGGACGCCGUCUGUAAUCAUCGAACUGCCGAUGUUAGCGACGAUUGUCGACCCUAGCAUCAUGUACUGGAUUUUCUCACUCGGUGAAGUGCAGGCUAUAGUGGAUCCCAUAAUUUGUGUUUUAUCCUUGCCGGAUCUUCGUCGAAUAAUUUUUCAGCAAAUUCGGUGUUGAUUUGAGGAAACCGGCAUCUGUAAAAACCCGACAGUGUGGAUAAUCGUUGUUAUUACUGCUGCAGCACAGAUACAAUCUGA